AAAAACUUGAAAACGUCAGUAUUCGCUAAAAAGGCCACUAUUGACUUGGCCAUUUUUCAUAAUGAUAUUUAUUAUAAUACAAAGUUAUUGAUUUUUAUCACAAAGGUGUUGGUAAAAUAAGUAUAGUGUAUAGUGCAAUAAGAUUCUAAGGUUGUACAAAAUAAGUUGUUGUUAAAAGUUACUGCCAUAGUAACAUAAGUUGUGAAUUUUCUCGAUAGAAAAAUAUGUUGAUGAUAAACUAGUUAUUAUACGAUAAAUAAAUUAAAAUGGAACGUCAAUUCGAAGUAGAAGUUAAAAUAGAAAGUGUUGAUUCAAGAAAGGAUCCUACCUCAUUUUUACCCGAGGAGCCGAUGUCUUAUGAAAUUAAGAAGAAAAAGAAAAAGAAGAAAAAGCAACAAGAAGACCCUUUCAAAGAUAUUGAUGAUAAGGUUGAUAUAAAAAUGGAACCUCUCUCUUUGUUGGAUCCUGAAGUUAAAAUUAAGGUUGAAGAUAUUGAGGUGCAGUUAGAUUUUAAUGAUUUUGCUGACAGCAGUGGUCUGAUGGUUGAGGGACCUCACAGCGAAGACAGUCAGGAGCCAGCCGUGAAGAUCGAACAACAAAAUCAUGAAGCAGUUCUUCUUACAUUUGAAAGCGUCAUGAACGAAAGAGCACAGCUCAUAGACCAAUCUGAUAUGUUCCCUAACAGCCAAGAUUUGCCUAUCCAACAAGCACCCAGUCAUGUCUGCAAGGUCUGCCAUCUAGUCUUUCAAUCAAAGAAAACUCUUCGAAUGCAUCAGAAGAGGAAACACCAAUCCUUCAGAAAAUCAUUUAAACACAUCUGCGAUUACUGCGGCAUGUCUUAUGAAAUGAAGAAUAGUUUAGUUGCUCACAUCAAGAGGAAACAUGGCCCGAACUCCAUGCCGGACGACAGAGAAGAACGGACUUGUGAAAUAUGUGCUCUAGUCUUCAAAGGAAUGACCCGGUUAAGAAUGCACAUGAGAAGAAAGCAUGGAGCCUUCCAAGAAUCCUUCAAACAUGUCUGCGAAGACUGUGGCUUAACUUAUGAUAAGUACAGAAGUUUAAUAGUCCAUAUACAACGCAAACAUUCUAAUUGUAAAAAACCAGAAAUCAACCAAUGGUACAACUGUCCGUUCUGUCCAAAAAUAUUUACGAAAAGAGAAUCUUAUGCAAGACACGUGCAGAGAAAACAUCACGUUGCCGAUGAAGAUAUCAAAAGUGAAAAUAGAGAUGAGUAUUUGGAGAACUGCAAGAAUGAGGAAACUGGUGAGAUUACUUGUAAAGAAUGCCCCCUAGUCUUCUCUUCUGUCAACUUCUUGAAACUGCAUAUGAGGAGGAAGCAUAAUGCUUUGAAAGAAGAUUUCAGAUUAAAGUGUCGGAUUUGUAAUUUGUCUUACGAUAAAAUUGAGAGUUUGAAGAGGCAUGUGAGACGAAAACAUGACAAGCGGUCUCACUGCGAAGUGUGCAAUAAACAGUUUGAUACCCGAGAGCUGUAUCUGAACCACUCUCAUACAAAGGAAGUUAAAGAAUGUAAUAUUUGCGGCAUCUUAUUGGCGUCGCGAGGAGGUUUAGCCAAACACUUAAGGUGCACACACAAAUUGGACUCACCGAAGACCGUCUUCUGCAACUUAUGUAACGAAGGAUUCCACGAUAAACGACAGCUGAAGCCGCAUUUCAUGAAAGUGCAUUUAAAAGUGUCGUACACAUGUCGAUAUUGUAAGAAAAUUUUCAAAGCUAAGGAGAGUUAUAGACGACACAUAUUUAUUAAGCAUCCGAAUGCAAAUCAUUUGAACAAUCAGGCACAGAAAUGUGAACAAUGUAGUGAGAUGUUUAAGGACGAAUUUGAUUUGUGUAAGCAUAUAAAUAUGGUGCACGGAUCAGAGGAUAUAGGUAAGGAUGAAAAAGAGGUAGAAAUUAAAAGAGAGGAUCAAGAUAUAAAAGAUAGCUUCCAGUGCACCAAGUGCCCGGAUACCUUCUUAACAUGGGAACAGCUGAAGUUGCAUCACGAAGCGAACCAUCACAGCAUACAGGAGACUCAAUGCCAGAUCUGUGGGGAAAUUCUUCCCGGUUACGAGUUACAAAAACAUAUAAAAGCUCUUCACACAGAUACAGAGAUGCAUUGUAAAUAUUGUGAGUUUAAAACGAAUAUUAGAGUUAGUUUGACACAACAUAUGUUGAGACAUAAGAACGCUGAGACGUUGAAUUGUGAUUACGCUGGGUGCAGGUACAAGACGUUUUAUGAAGGUGCUAUGGAGAAGCAUAAGAGAAAACAUGCUGACCAAGGAGUGAAACUGCAAUGCACCCAGUGCCCCUUCCAGACAAUGAACAAAUACAUUUUGAAAUACCACGAAGAAGCUCACGAAACAGGGAAAAAGCGAUAUAUGUGUGAUCAAUGCGACUAUGCCACGAUAUUACCCGCCAAUCUUGUACAACAUAAAUAUAAACAUUCUACUGAGAAAAGGUUCAAAUGUGAAGUAUGUCCGUUCGCAACGAAAUAUAAUACAUCACUGCGGUUCCAUGUUAGGAAAAAACACUGUGAUCUCCCGACAUUCAGUUAAAUAUUAAUGUUUUUUAUUAUUAUUAAAAUAUUUGGUGUUAUGAUA